AUGGUAGACCUACUACCCGACGACGUGCUCGCCGACAUCCUCCGCCGCCUCGCGCCGCGCCCACUAGCCGCGUGCCGCUGCGUCUGCAAGCCCUGGCGGGCCGUCGUCGACGGCCACCGCUUGCUGCGCGCGGACCUCCUCCCGCUGUCACUGGGGGGCAUCUUCAUCAACUUCCACGAGGUGUUGACGUCCUUCUUCCUCCGCCGCCCGUCCGCGCGGCCCCCUGCCGCGGCGAUCUCCGGCAAGUUCGAGGACUUCACCCCCUCCGCCGCCAGGAGCACCGUCGUGGAUCACUGCAACGGCCUGCUCCUGCUCCGCAGCCGCUACGUGGUCAACCCGGCCACGCAGCGGUGGGCGGCCUUCCCUGAACCCCCGCCACCUCGGCCCGGGAUCACGAGGAGCUUCUAUCAUGACGAGUACCUCGUGUUCGAUCCCACCGUAUCUCCGCACUACGAGGUGUUCCUGAUCCCGAGUGUUACUCCCGAGGAAUUUGUGUCCAAAAAACUGAGGCCAAAGGUUGAGGAAUCAGAGUGGCCACCCUCUCCUUGCUUCUUGAGUGUGUUCUCGUCGAGCACAGGGCAAUGGGAAGAGAGAUCCUUUGUACGUGAAGGUGAGGCCGCCGGGACGAUCGCGGAUAUGAGAUCGCAACCGCUAUUGGAACAGUACAACGCGGUCUAUUGGAAACGUGCACUCUACGUACAUAGGGAAGCUAAUUUUGUUAUGAGGUACUAGAACUAACUAGUCCUUAAUCAUUUUUGUUUAUUAUAUAUAAUAAUAUCAUUUAUAUUUAGGGUAAUAUGUUCUCAGCUGUUUUUGCUUACUACUUUGAUCCAUUUUGCAGAAUUUCUCCGUCGAAAAGUAAGUAUCAAGUAA